CUCGACUUGGGUUGCGGUCCCGGAGACUUCACCUGCCGCCAUUUACUUCCACGCUGUCCACCGCUGGCAAAAAUAGUCGCGGUCGACGUGUCACUGGACAUGGUUGAGUACGCUAAGAAGCACUUCAGCCACCCCAAGAUCUGCUACGACGUGCUGGACAUUGCGGGAAACGGAGUGCCCGACUUUAUUCGUAGAUACGGUCGCUUCGAUCGCGUCUACUCCUUUUUUUGCUUAAACUGGACGAACGAUCAAGUAACGGGGUUCAAGAACAUCGCCGAAUUGCUGAAGCCUGGUGGUGGAUGUCUGCUACUCUUCCGGGCUUCCGGAAACCUUAUGCGAUUGAAUAAGAAAAUGGCAGCUAUGAACCACUGGCAGAAGUAUCGCAAGGUGUUCGAGAAUACCAUUCCCCCAAGUGCGGAUCUGGUGCAUCGAGAUGCCCUGUUGUCAUACAUUUCGGGACUUUUGAAGAACGCCGAUCUGACUCCAACCACGUGCGAGGUGCUGGAGGAGAAAGACGUAUAUUCCAGUGCCGAGGAGGUGACCCGAUUGUUUACGGAUAUGAGCAGCCAUUCGACCCUUGUGACGAACGAAGAGAAGCUUCUCCUCCACAAGGAGGUCGCCGAAGAGGUGGCCAAGCUGUGGGCCGACCAGGAGGCCGGUGUUGCGCCCUUCCGCUCUACCGUGUUUCUGGUGCGCGCCCAAAAACCCCGACCCUAA